UCCCCAAUUUCAUGCGAUUUGGAAAAAAAUUACUGUGUGUUGACUGUUUGUUACUGACUAUGAUAGAUAGCUUAUUAUAUAGUCUUUUAACUCUUAAAAUGAAUUAAGUUUAAACAUUAUUUUUAAUAGCGUAUACCGCGACUAUAUAGCUAGCUAACAUUUUUGUCAUCAUUUCCGUUUAAAUAUUUAAAAUUUCGGAUUCUCUUUGCAUUCUCCACUAUGGCUUCUUCAUCUUUCUCUCCUUCCUCCUCUCUUUUCUCCCUUUUGAACUUCAAUAAUCUGAUCAUAAUCUGUAUCCUUCUAGCGAAUCCAGUUUUAGGAUCAUAUUAUAAAUCCAUCUUCAGCUUCGGAGAUUCAAUCGCUGAUACCGGAAACGUACUCUACUCCCAACCAGAUGAAACUGUCGGAAAAUUACCCUACGGAGAAACCUACUUUCAUCGAGCCACUGGUCGGUUCUCCGAUGGCCGUAUAACUCUUGAUUUCAUUGCUCAAGCUGUAGGAUUGCCCUUACUACCACCCUAUUUAGGAAGCAGCAAAAAAGAUUUACAACAGGGGGUGAAUUUUGCUGUUGGGGGAGCUACAGCUCUGGAUGAUUCUUUCUUUGAAAAAAGAAAGAUUGUGGUUCCUACUAAUGCAUCUCUUGGAGUUCAACUCAAAUGGUUCAAACAACUCUUGCCUUCCCUUUGCAAUCCAUCUUCAAAUGAUUGUCAUGAAUAUCUGAAAACAUCUCUGAUUCUCAUGGGAGAAAUCGGUGGAAAUGAUUAUAAUCAUCCAUUUUUCCAAGGAAGAGGUAUAGAAGAGAUUCGUACUUUUGUACCCCAUAUCAUCAACGCCAUUUCUUCGGCGAUCAAGGUUUUAAUAAAGGAAGGUGCUGUGACGUUUAUGGUCCCCGGAAACUUCCCAAUUGGGUGUUCAGCCUUAUACUUAACGCUAUUCAAGAGCCCCAACAAAGAAGAUUACGAUGAGAGUGGUUGUAUCAAGUGGCUCAACGAAUUCUCAGUCUACCACAACAAAUUUCUUCAAAAAGAGUUGGCCGUUCUGAGAGAAGAAUACCCAAGUGUCAAAAUUAUCUAUGCUGAUUACUACAAUGUUGCCAUGAAGUUUUACAAGUCUCCUGAAUUAUUAGGAUUUACGGGUGGAGCUUUGAAGGCAUGUUGUGGAGGUAAAGGUCCAUACAACUGUAACCAAUAUGUUCGAUGCGGAAGUGUUGAUGCAAAAGUUUGUGAGGAUCCGUCAACUUAUGUUAACUGGGAUGGAGUCCAUUUAACUGAAGCUGCAUACAAAUUUUUAGCUAAUGGUCUGAUGCAGGAAAAUAACCAAUUCUUCUUCCCCGAAAACGAUAUCAUCAUUACUACUACUACUGCCACAGAUCGUAAUCAAGCUCUCUGAAUGAAAUGAUUUUUGUAAUCUUUUCCUGAUGAGGAAUAUCUAUCUGUGGUGAUGAUUUUUGUUUUUUUCUUCUUUGGUCUCUUCUCGCAUGCUUGUCCUUGUAAUUUGCUAUUCAUGAGAAGAAAAAAUCAAUGGAACUUGAAAUCUGCAUUGGAGAGA